AUGGCGAAGAAGGUCGCUGGUAAAAAGCUAUCGGAUGAGGAACAGGUGAACCAGUAUAUGGAACAGUUGGAUCAUCCGUUGAAGGAAGGGGUGGCGCUACUUCGUCAUAUCAUUAAGGCGACCAGCAGCGAUUUGCAGGAAAGAGUAAAAUGGAAUGCACCCAGCUAUUACUGUAUUGCUGAUAUCGUAACCUUUGGCCCCCUGCGUGGAGAAAAAAUCCUGCUGGUGUUUCAUCAUCCGCACAUUGUAAAAGUUAAAUCGCCAUUACUUGAAGGCAAAUACCCGGACAGGAGGCUUGCAUACUUUGACAGCCUCGCAUCGAUUAAAGCCAACAAACACGAAUUGCAGAGACAUGCCGAUCCCUUCACCGUCUACCAGCAGCCAGUCAGCGAGUACUGCGCCGGAUUAUUCGGUGAGUUCAACCUUGUAACGAAAGAAACACAUCCCGCUUUUCGUGAAUGGAUCGAAAAACACAACAAUGCACAACAUCUCGUCAUCCGGCCUGAAAAUUUUUAUUUGACCAAUGAAAGCGAUGGCAUGAUCAGCGGCACUGUACAGCGAAUACUUUUCUGGGGAAACUAUUUUACGCUUGAUGUACAGGUCGGGUUACAACUUUUACGCAUCAGUACACGUGCCAUUCAACAUGCUGUUGGCGAUACCGAUCUGCGUAUUGAACCGAUGAACUGGUGGGUAGGGAUGAAGACAACGACCCUUCAACUGAUGGUGCACGGUGAAAACAUCGGGGAUACCAAACCCACCACCCGUUACCCGGGAGUGACGAUAAAACAAUUUCAGAAAGGAGAUAGCCCCAAUUAUCUUUUUAUUGACCUCAUCAUCGCACCCACGACAAAACCGGGCAAGCUUUCCAUCUUGUUUACAAAGGACGGCAAAAGCAUAGCCACCCAACCUUACGAACUAAAAGCCAGGGAGAAAAACGCAUCACAGGUCAAAGGCUUUAGUUCCUCAGAUGUCAUUUACCUGGUCACGCCUGACAGGUUUGCCAAUGGCGACACCACCAACGAUGUUGUAAACGGGAUGAGAGAAACGAAACUGAAUCGCAAAAAUGAUUAUGGUCGUCAUGGUGGCGAUAUACGCGGCAUGAUCAACCACCUUGAUUACAUCGCUGACAUGGGAUUUACCGCCAUCUGGCCGAUGCCACUAUUGGAAAAUGAUAUGGCAAAUGCUUCUUAUCAUGGCUAUGCCAUUACUGACUAUUACAAAGUAGAUCCGAGGUAUGGUACGCUGGAUGAAUACCGCGAGCUGGCUGACAAAGCGCGGCAAAAAGGUCUUAAACUGGUGUUUGACGCCGUGGCUGCUGGUACUGCUGAUGAUCAGGAUCCUGGAAUACUACCGCGUAAUUAUAAAUGA